AUGGCGACGCGCGGGCGCGGCGGCGGCGGCGGCGGGGCUGUCAGCGAGCGCGGCGGCGGCGGCGGCGGCGGGGAUCGCGCGUCCGCGGGGGUCUGCGGGAGGAAGGCGGAGGCCGGGGCCGGGGCCCUCGCGGCAGACAUGGACUCGCCCUGCGACUGUGCCGCCGAGACGCCGGCCGCCGAGCAGCCGUCGGGGAAGAUCAAUAAGGCCGCUUUCAAAUUAUUCAAGAAGAGGAAAUCGGGUGGCACCAUGCCCAGCAUUUUUGGGGUCAAACACAAAGGGGACGGGAAAGGCUCGGGUCCGACGGGGAUGGUGAGGAGCAGGACCCACGACGGCCUGGCCGAGGUGCUGGUGCUGGAGGGCGGCAAGAAGGAGGAGCCGCGCGGCGGCGGCGGCGGCGGCGGCGGCGGGGUCCGGCCGAGCCCGGGCGCCCCCAGGGCGGGGGGCUCCGCGGCCCCCAGCGCGGUGGCCAAGUCCCACAGCUUCUUCUCGCUGCUGAAGAAGAACGGGCGGCCGGAGGGCGGCGGCGGCGGCGGCCGGGGCGAGCCGGCGGACGCGAGCAAGGCCGGCGGCAAACAAAAGAGGGGGCUGAAGGGGCUCUUCAGCAGCAUGCGCUGGCACAGGAAGGACAAGCGGGCCAAGGCGGAGGCCAAGGGCGAGCGCGCGGGGGCGCCGGGCGGCCGCGUCCCGCCGGGCUCGCUCACCGCCAGCCUGGAGUGCGUCAAGGAGGAGACGGCCGCGCCCGCGCGCCAGCCGGAGCAGCCGAGCGGGGACGCGCCGCCGGAGCCAGCAGGCUGUGGAGAUAUUAUUGCAGACCCGGAGGACGAGGCAGGUCCCAGCUGUGACAAGCACGCCCCCGGGCCGGGCCGCCAGAAGCCCGGCGGCGUGCUGGCCUACCAAGGCGGCGGGGAGGAGAUGGCGAGCCCGGAGGGGCUGGACGACACGUGCCUCCAGGAAUUCUGGGACAUGCUGUCCCGGGCCGAGGACCCGGCCCCGGGGCCCCCGGCGGCCGCGGCCCCGGGCCCGCAGGCGGCGCCGGAGACGGCCGCGGACGCGCCCUCGGGCAAGCCCCGGAGGCUGCCCCGCAGCCCCGCCGAGCCCCGCCCCGGCGAGGAGCCCGAGGCCGUCGCCGGCCGCGACGACAGCCGCCGCGGCGCCGCCACGCCGGGCCCCGAGGACGCGAGCGGCGCCGAGCAGGCGGCCGUCCCGCGGGACGCGCCCGGCGGCGACGCGCCCUGCGACCCGGACGCCGAGCCCGACGCGGCCGCCCCGGCGGCCGCCCCCGCCGGCGAGGAGGCGUCCUGCCCGUCGCGGCUGAAGCCCGUGUCCCCGGGCGCCAUCACCUGCCCGCUGCGAACCCCGGGCAGCCUGCUGAGGGACUCGAAGAUCCCCAUCAGCAUCAAGCACCUGGCGAACCUUCCGUCCAGCCAUCCCGCGGCGCCCCAGCCGCCAGUCCGGAGUGAGAUGCCCAGAACAAAAAUCCCCGUGUCCAAAGUGCUGGUCCGCCGGGUCAGCAGCAGGGCCCUGGCUGGCACCGCCAUGCGGGCCGCCGCGUGCCACGACGGGGCCAAAAAGUUGUGAGGUCCCCGAAGCCGACGUGGGCGGGCUCUCCCCGGAAACCGCUAACAGAAGUUUCGCUUCCCGAGAAGAAAGGCUCUGAUAAGGCCCGUCCCUGCGCCGCAGCCUGGACCGAGGAGGCCUCUGCGUGGCAAGCAGAGGCAGGAGACGCCGUGGAGGGGGUGCUACGCGGGGGGGAUUGCCCCUCCAGAUAAGUUCCCUGCGAAUUGUUUUCAAGCACUUUUAAUUUUUUUUUUUUUACACCUUUAAAGAAAAUCUUUGUUUUUCCUUUUUGUUUUUUGUUUUUUGUUUUUGCUUUGAUGCGCUGAACACUUGGAAGUCACCUUUACUUGCCUUUGCAGAAAACAGGACUUAACCAAACCUAAGUAGGCAUCGUGCCACGAUAUGUGGCCGUGCCAGGCUCCACAGAGGGCCGGGAGAGCCACUGCCAAGGCCAGAGGAGCCCUUCCUCUCCCAAGACACCUUCUUUCCUUCCUUCUUUUUCUUUCCAGGGAAAAAAUGGAGCUUGAAAGAAAAAGAAAGAAAAGAAAAAAAGACCCUUUGCUGUAUCACUGUGUGGGAAGUACUCUCAAAGCUCAAAGAGCCAGGUAUUUACCUGAGGGGCAGAGGGGACCGUUGAUUGGCAGCACAUUUGCCUACUUUCGGUUGCUGGGUAUGCAAAUAGGGCACUGUCUGUCACUAGGACCAUAAAGGAGCAGUUUGGUUUGGUUGGCUUAGAUCAUUUGUUUGGGGAGAAAUAAAAAGCUCAGCAGAGCGGGUGUUUUUCUUUCUUUCUUUUUUUUCUUUUUCUUUCCCACCCAGUGAAGAAAUUAGGAUCAGGGAAAGAUUUCACUAAAACGCCAAUAGACACAGUAUGUUAGCAUUUAUAACCUGUAACCUUUUCAUGUGUACAUAAUGCAUAUUUUACAGUUUAUCCAGCUGUUAACGUUUUAUAAUCUGUCAGUAACCUCGAAUUUAAAAUCUGGUUUUAUAACUAGUUACGACUACUGUCCCUGAACUAUUGCUGUUCUUUUGUGUUCUGAAACCUAAAGCGAUCCUGUUUUUGUUUUAUAUGGGUUCUCUAGCUCUCAAUGCAGGAAAGCAAAAACAAAGUCUAUUGUGUUGACAUCCCACAGGAAUGGUUCUGUCUUGUCUUGGGUAAGAGCCUAUUUGCUUCUCACCCCCUAAUCCUGGUUUUCAGAGAUUUUUUUACCUUGGUUAUAAAAAUUUUGGGUUCCACCAUUCUAUAAUGUGGGGAGUCCCACAUGAGGACCAUAUACAGACAAACAAUAGAAAAUUCCAGUGUUUCAUGGUAGUUGACUUUUGCUUUCUGGACUUACGAUCGACACAGGUACGUUCAAAAUAUGAC